AUGUGCCCCCAGGAAAGUUCUUUCCAACCCUUCCAGUUCCUCCUGGUGGUGGGGCUCCCGGUGGCAAGUGUCCUCCUUCUCCUUCAGUGCCUUCGAUGGCGCUGCUCUCGGUGGCUGCCGGGAGCCUGCAGGGAGCCAGAUGACACCGAGGAGCCGGUGCCCCCGUCUGCCCCACCGCCAGAAUACGAGGCCCCAAGGCAGUGCCCGCCAGCCACACUGCCGGAGGUGGCUGCUUUCUACCAGGAGCUGCACACGCCCACCCAGGGCCAGACGGUCACACGCCAGCUCAUGCACAAACUGCUGGUGUUCACCGCGCGGGAGGUGGAUCACCGUGGUGGCUUCCUGAUGCUUCAGGACACAGGCAUCUCCCUGCUCAUCCCACCAGGUGCUGUGGCUGUGGGUCGCCAGGAGCGGGUGUCAUUGAUCCUGGUGUGGGACCUGACAGAUGCCCCAUCACUGUCUCGGGGCCAGGGACUAGUGAGUCCCGUGGUGGCGUGUGGUCCUCAUGGGGCCUCCUUCCUGAAGCCCUGUACCCUCACCUUCAAGCACUGUGCCCAGCAGCCUAGCCAUGCCCGAACCUACAGCAGCAACACCACCCUGCUGGACGCCAAGGUCUGGAAGCCCCUGGGCCGGCCGGGGGCCCACACCUCUCGGGACGAGUGUCGUAUCCUCCUUUCCCACUUCAGCCUAUACACCUGUGUGCUGGAGGCGCCCGUGGGUCAGGCUGCCAGGAAGUGGCUUCAGCUGGCCAUGUUCUGCUCGCCGUUGGCACCAGGGCAGACCCACCUGCAGCUGCGCGUCUACUUCCUGAACAAUACGCCCUGUGCCCUGCAGUGGGCCUUGACCAAUGAGCGUCCCCACGGUGGGCGCCUGCGCGGGCCCUGCCAGCUCUUCGACUUCACUGGGGCCAGAGGUGACCAGUGCCUGAAGCUCAAGUACAUCUCUGAGGGUUGGGAGAAUGUGGAUGACAGCAGCAGCCAGCUGGUUCCCCAUCUCCACAUCUGGCAUGGCAAGUGCCCCUUCCGCUCCUUCUGCUUCCGGAGGAAGGCAGCCAAUGAGAAUGAGGACUGCUCAGCACUAACCAAUGAGAUCAUUGUCACCAUGCACACCUUCCAGGAUGGCUUGGAAACCAAGUACAUGGAAAUCCUCAGAUUCCAGGCAUCAGAGGAGGAGUCCUGGGCAGCUCCUCCCCCUCUCGCCCAGCCACCUCCAUGCAAUCGGUUACCACCCGAGCUCUUUGAACAGCUGCAGAUGUUGCUGGAGCCCUACAGCAUUACUGGCAAUGACUGGCGCAGACUGGCCUCCCACCUGGGGCUCUGUGGCAUGAAAAUCAGGUUCCUGUCCUGCCAGCGCAGCCCGGCCGCGGCCAUCCUGCAGCUGUUCGAGGAGCAGAACGGCAGCCUGCUGGAGCUGCACUACCUCAUGACGUCCAUGGAGCGGCUGGACUGCGCUUCGGCCAUCCAGAAAUACCUGAGCCAGACGCCCCGCGACAGCCCAGCCUCGGCCCGCAGCGGGGCAGGCGCGCAAGAGAACCAGGGCCUGGAGCUGGACGAGAAGCUCUGA